UCUCAAAAGAGGUAGAAAAAAUCAUAAAGCAGUUGUCUUUUGGCCACUUAAUUUCUCUGCAGAUGAUAUCUUCAGGGAUCUGUGGUUCUGAUGACCAUGUGCUGAAAGGAAAACUCCCAAUGAAGUUUCCUUUAAUUCCGGGUCAUGAAGGAGCAGGAAUUGUGGAGAGUGUUGGUGAUGGAGUUUCUACUGUGAAACCAGGAGAUAAAGUCCUCACCCUCAUUCUUCCACAGUGUAAAAACUGUGACUCCUGCUUACACCCCGAAGGAAACUUCUGUGACAAGCAAGACGUUCUUCCUUGUUCUGGGGUGAUGCUGGACGGGACUUGUAGAUUUUCCUGCCGAGGAAAGAAGGUGUAUCACUCUUUCCGAGUAAGCACAUUCACUGAGUACACUGUUGUGCCAGAGAUUGCAGUGGUAAAAAUUGAUGAUGCUGCUCCUAUGGACAAAGUUUGCCUCAUAAGCUGCGGCGUCCCGACAGGCUACGGGGCUGUUGUUAACUCAGCCAAGGUCACGCCUGGCUCCACCUGUGUGGUUUUUGGACUCGGAGGGGUUGGAUCAGCCAUUGUCAUGGCCUGCAAAGCCUCUGGUGCUUCUAGAAUCAUCGGGGUUGAUAUCAAUGAGAAAAAGUUUCUUCGGGCAAAGGCCUUGGGUGUCACUGACUGUCUCAACCCUAACAAGCUCAAGAAACCCGUCCAUGAGGUGGUGAUGGAAAUGACGGGUGUUGGAGCUGACUUUGCCUUUGAGGCCGUCGGAUUGGUUGAUACCAUGAUCGCUGCUUGGAACUCCUGCAACAACAGCUAUGGCGUCUGUCUGAUCGCUGGGCUGGCUCCCUCAGAUGCACAGUUACCCCUUGACGCAGUCAGGAUUUUGUCUGGGAAAACCCUGAAGGGCGUGUGUUUGGGAGAUUAUAAAACCAGAGACUGUCUUCCCAAAAUAGUGACUGAUUAUCUCCAAGAUAAGAUUAAUAUAGAUCCAUUAGUGACUCAUCAGCUGCCCUUUAACCAACUCCACAAAGCCUUGAAGCUGUAUCAUGCAGGAAAAACCAUCCGCUGUGUUCUGCUCUUCUGAGAUCUCAGCGUUGAGGUGCGCAAGCACAUCCUGAAGGGCUCCCCUUCCUUUCCCGUGAGACCUCCCUGAUUAUUCCUGAGCACCGGGAAGAGAUGAUGCAGCAGCAGCAGGAAAAUAGUGCAGCUAUGCUCAUGAAAUGACGACUUCUUGUCCACAGGCUAAUAAAAUUAAUUGGAAGAA